CGAAUGGGGUUAGUUCACAAUGGGUUAGUUUGGGUUAUUAACCAGACUCUACUAAUUACUUACAUUGAGCACUGUUGCUGCUGGCCAGAUUAGCCAUUUUCAUAUGGGGAUUCCAAAGUUCCGAGUUUUCGGCUUUUUCCGAUGAAACUGUGCAUCUCUUGUUUCAAAGCAAUCGAUAGAUGGCGCGCUUGCGCUUGUGCUGGCUAACUGUACAUAAAGGCGGGAUCGCGGAUUACGCUUUCGGAACUCUGCGCACUCGAGAUGGAACUGGGUGACUCGAAGCUGCGUGCGGUAAGGGUGCUGGGCCAGGGCACCUUUGGCCGGGUCUUCCUCUGCCACCAGAUCGAGGUGCGUGGGCAGCCGGAGAGAAAGGUGUGCGUGAAGCGGAUCAUCGUCCGGAAUCCGAAGACAGAGCUGGGACUGAUCAAGGAGGAGGUGUACAUAAUCUCGCAGCUGCGCCACCCGCACAUCGUCGAGUUCCUGCGCUCUUUUAGCCACGCGGGCACUGUGAACAUCGUGAUGGAGUACGUGCCUAACGGCACCUUGAGGGAUGUCAUCCAGCAGCUGCCGUCGGGCACCGGGGGAGUCAAUCAGGACCGGCUGAUGCGCUACUUUCGCGACAUGGUAGUGGGACUCGAGUACCUGCACAUCCGCUGCGUCAUCCACCGAGACAUCAAGCCCGAGAACAUGCUCCUCGACGCCAACGACCGCGUCAAGAUCGCCGACUUCGGGAUCGCGAACGUCCAUGCGCCCAGCACUCAACUGCAGGCGGGGAUGGGCACGCCCAUGUACAUGGCCCCUGAGGCGAUGUCCAGCCAGGGCAAGGUGGACUUCAAGUCAGACGUGUGGUCGCUGGGGCUAGUCCUCUACGAGCUGUGCCUCGGACGCAGCCCAUUCGCCGCGUUUCUCGACAAGAACGCCACCCCUGCCCUACUGCACACCGUAGUCCAGGCGCUGGUCCGCCCCCGGCUCGACUGCCAGCUCAUCCGGCGUCUCUACGAUCCCGUGUGGGCGCAAGUUUGCGAGCUGAUGGUCGUCUACGAGCAGGAGCGCCGCAUCUGCCUGCCGGACAUCUUUCACCUCGACGCUGGCAUGACUGUGACCCUUUACAAGCAAUACUUCGGCUACAGCUACUAACGAAAGCCAAUGGUCCGCUCACUUGCACGGGGAGACCUCAACAAAUAUUUCAUUGUACUUUAGAACUAGGCUAGCUUAAGCAAUAAAUUAAGAUGUGGACUGUG